UAAAGAUCUAAUGAAUAAUACUCGUCCCUCAUAACUUCCAGCCGCUAAAUCUACUCCAUCAUAAUUACCAUAGGGUGGCUAAUAAGUACCUGAAGGAUAUUAACCACCAUUGGGUUGGGUUCCAGCUUCUUCAUAGAUUCAACCUGGAACUGUGAAUUAAGCUAUUCCAAUUCAACAAACUGGAUUAAUUGCAAAUCCACAAUAUUUGUAACAACAACCUUAUGCCUAAUAACCCGUAAUUCAAUCAAGUGGGCCAGUAGUUACUUAAGGAAAUGUAAAGCUAAUUAUUAAGAGCUUUAGGUUAUAAAAGGGGAAUCAAGAAUAGAGUAUAUUCCUUAUACAAAGGAGGUGACAGAAUAUGUAACUUAGGAAGUUGUUGAAUAUGUUCCUAGAGAAAGAAAGAUUACUGACUAUUAUGCAGUUGAAUACGUGACAGAACACAUUCCUCAAGUUAUUUAAGAAAAAUAUAUUGGUAAUUCUUGAAAACUAUGACAGAGUAUGUCCCCGUUGAAACAAUAAAAGAGAGAACAGAAUAUUAAGCAGUGACUAGAUAGAGCGUAAUAUAAUAACCAAUUGAUUAUUAAUAAAUAUAGACAACCUAGUAAUAUUAAGGUAAAUAAAAUUUAUUUAUUUUAUUUAGUACCAGCUUAAAUUCAAUAUGCAACUACCACAACAACAAAUUAAUACAUUCCUGCAACUUAAAACCAAUUGAACACAGUACCUGUGACAACAUCCUAGUAUAUCCCAUAGUAAAUUUCAUAUGGACAAUUACCAGCAACAGCUGCUUAUGGUUAAUUACCAGCAACAACUACUACUUAUGGUUAAUUGCCACCCCAGGUUACUUACGGUUAAUUACCAGUCACAACAACUGCAGCCUAUGGAUAAUUUCCACCAACUACAACAGCAGCCUACGGACAAUUACCAUCAAAUGCAUAUGGUCAAGUGACAACAACCACUCAAUAAUACUCAACUGGAUGGCAAUAAGUAUUUCCAUAAGCUGCAGGUAAUGUUCAACAGCCAUAAUUCUAACAAUAAUAACCCUAGUAAGCAAUCCAAAGACCAGGAUAAAGUCCCAAAUAUUAAUGAUGAUAUUAAUACAAG